CUGGUCUGUCCUCUCCUCCUGUGCUUCAGGAGAGAUGCUGAGGUCUUCUUCACGCCCAGCCUCCACAACGUGGCCGUCUUUGCGGCUGUGUUGGACAAAUACAUCCGCACCACUGAGAAUAUCUGUAAUGUGAUGUGCUCUGCGAUUGACUUUGAGGACGAACGAGGUGAACCACCACAGGUUCAGCUGGCUGAGGAUUUAACAUUGGAUGUCGUGCAAAAUAUUAGUUCUCACGUAGACCAUCUGAUAUCAGGUGAGCACCACACAAGAUCUGCAGAUGGAAGAUUAUGACUUUCAAUGUUUUUAUCAUUGGAUCUUGGGUUUUUGGCAUGUCGGCCAAAUCGAUUGGGACAGACAAUAGUUCAUUACAGACACACUAGGGAGGACCAGGACUUCAGACUGCUGUUCCUAUUCCAGGAUGAGUCAGUCUCCGGCUUCGUCGACCAGUUCAGCGAAUGCCAUCCCAGAAUGCUCCAGUUCCUCAUUGAGAUGGAGGGCUGUGCCGUCAAGCUGGACCGGAUGAAGAAGGGCUCCAAGAUCUCCAGUGUGGCUGGGAGCGUGGUGGGGGUCCUUGGUGGGCUCACGACCCUUGUAGGACUGGCUCUAGUCCCGGUGACUGGGGGGCUGUCAGCGGCGCUGCCAGCUGGGCUGUCUUUUGGUCUGACCAUGGGGGGGCUGGGAAUGGGGAUCACCAGUGGAGUAAACUAUGGAGUCACCACAGUAACGGAGUCAUUUGUCAACUCUGCACAGAACGAGAGCGCCGCCACAAGCCUCGAGAGCUUCAUGAAGGAUGUGGAGAGCAUCCAGGCGUGCCUGGAUAAGGUCAUCAACCAGAGGGAAAGUGAAUUUGCAGAGGGUAAUUGGGAUGUAGCUAAAGUCGGGAAAGGGGUUCUUAAGGUUGUACGACUUGGCUCUGGUGUUCUUAAGAUUUCUAAAGUUUUUUCGAAGGGAAAAAUUUCAAGUAUAGCAGAUAAAAUAGCAAAGGGAACCCUGGCAACGACCAAGAUGGGUGUUGGUAUUGGGUUGAAUUUCCUUUUCAUUGGUCUGGACAUCUACUCCAUCUGCACAGACAGCAUCAGUUUGUACAGAGGAGAACAGACUGAAGACUCAGAGUUCAUCAGAGCCAGGGCGGUCCUUCUGCGCUCAGAGGUGGACUGUUGGAAUAGAAUCCAUGACUCCGUGGGUACUGGCAAGAAGCAAUUUGAGAGUAGGGAAAAUGUUCUUCAGAGCUCCUUCAGAAAUCAAUUAUAAUGCCCCCUCUUGCAUUUAUAUGCAAUUGUUGGGUCAACAGGGAUCCUAAAUCCUCAUGAGAUUGAAACAUAAUCAAAAUAAAAUAAAUAAGUGUUUUGUGUGCGUUCUGAUAUCGGUAUAUCCUGUGUUGCAACACAUGAUGAGCCAGGAGCUGGUUCUGACUUGUUUCUUUGCUUGAAUCCAAGGUAGGACAUGUUUGAGUGCAAAACUCAAAGUAGAGACCAACCUGUCUUUUCUUACAUUUAGUGUGUGUGAUUUGUAACUGUUGUCUUCCCUGAACAACCAUUGAUUAUUGCACUUGCUCCUCAAUUAUGUUACCCAAUGAAUGUAAAUGAUGUACCUCCGAGUGCGGCACAAUGAAAGCCAAUAAAAUAAUGGAUACGAUUG